CGUUUUCUUUUUGUGUAUACAUAUUAUAAUAUAGUUCAGUUAAAUUCCACGAUUUGAUUGUACAGAACAAAAUAUUGUUAUGAGUUAUCAACGUUUUAAGGACAACACAUUUUGGUAAGAUGAAACUAGUCAUGAUACAUUGGAAUAGUCUUACAUUAAGAGGACGUGAUAUCUGAAUAAUAUGUUGUCCUUGUCUUGGAAACGUGCAACAUAGUAAAUUUGAAUUUAGCAGGAUCCAUUUUGUAUUUUUGUGUUGCUACUUUUAGUAUCAUAAUAAUUUGCCCUGUUAUCAAAUUAUAAAUAAAGUCGUAUGGAAAAACAAUACGUAAAGAAAACUGAUAUACCCCGUUAUAUUAAUGUUGCUGUUGUGGGACUUUCUGGUGCAGAGAAAGAAAAAGGAGCAGUGGGAGUCGGUAAAUCAUGUCUAUGUAACAGAUUCAUGAGAUCAUCAUCUAAUGACUUCGAAGAAGAUCAUAAUUCUUUACUAAGCAAUUCUGAUUUUAGUGGACGUGUUGUUAAUAAUGAUAAUUUUUUAUACUGGGGAGAAGUUAUAAAAACAUCUACAGAAGGUACUGAAUACACAUUUCGUGUAAUUGAACAAACUGAAUUUAUAGAUGAUUCAACAUUUCAACCGUUUAAUGGAGUGAAAAUGGACCCAUAUAUUAAACGCUGCGUGGCCACUAAAAUUGAAUCAGCUGAAAAAUUGAUGUAUAUUUGUAGAAGCCAAUUAGGUAUUGAAGAAAAAUUUGAACAAAAAGUGUUACCCUCCGGUAAAUUCAAUGUUGAUGGUUUUUUAUGCGUGUUUGAUGUCAGCGUAGUACCCGGUCGUAGUAUAGAAAAACAAUUAGAAACUGUGACAAAUAUAUUAAAAAAUAUAAAGGAUACAACAAAACCUGUGGUAUUAGUAACUACCAAAAAUGAUGAAUUAAAUGAGUCAUAUGUUCAAGAAGUUCAAAAACUUGUAUCUCGAAAGGAAUUUAAGAAAGCUAUACCAAUUGUUGAAACAUCUGCUUGUUUGAAUGUUAAUGUUGAUGCCGCUUUUAUUGCUCUAGCUCAUAUUAUUGAUAGAUUUAAAGGCCGUACAAAAAUAGUUCCUUAUUUGGAAUCUGUUAAAGACUACAAACUAUUGAUGCAAACCAGACGUUGGUACAAUUAUAAAAGAACUGAUAAUUUUGAAAAUGUUGAAGACGAUAGAGGACGUCACAGUUUAUACGAUAUGUAUGAUGAUACCUCCCUGACACCAGCUAACGUUUCAUUUACUCUUAUUAGUUCAAAUCAAAAACAAAAAAAUCCAAAUUACAUUUCAUAGUAAUUUACUCAAACUCUUU